AGGGUUUUCAAGCCGCACGCUUUCCUGAUUCAGCUUCACCAAAGCAUGAACUGAUGGGAGAAUAGCAGUCAAGAGUCAAUUGUCAGAUAGAUCAUCGCACGGCCAAGACGUCACGUCAGCUGGAUUGGAUCGAAUUGGAUCAUCGGACCCAAUCGCUGGCAUGCGAACGUGCGUUGGACGCAAGAUCUGGAUCCAAAUCCGAAUACCAGAAUGAAGAAUGUCGCUAGGCAGGAGGCCGGUCGUGUAGCCAGACGAAGGGAUAUUGUUUGACCAUGAGCGAUGAAAAGAGAACCGAGGAAGUCAUUCGCUCCAAGAAAUUCCAAAAGGACUACUGAGGACGAUCCAUCCAUCCAUCCAUCGCAUCAGACCAGGUCCGGCAGGAGGGAGAGUCACGAGCGAAAGAAGCAAGACAAGACGCAAGCGCGGAUGGAUGGAUGCAUGGGCAAUCACGAAUAAUGCAAGAAGAGACGCCGCCGCGCAUAUUGGAUGCUCGCAAGCAGCACCGCUCCGUCGAGCGGGAUGUUCGAAACAGGCUGCACUCUAUCCUUUUAGACAUUCGCUUCACACAGCAACUCCACUCUCUUCACUUUUCCCACCUGCCCCUCAUUCCCAAUCUGCGUUGCGGCGCGUGGUACGUCUCGCCACACCUCUCCCGCUGCUGCUGCUGCUGCUGCUGCUGCGUGCCGCCGACCUACUUUAAAUCCACCGACGGCCAUCUCAACACCUGGGAUUUCAGUCUAAAGAGACCCAACUUGGCUUUCUUGAAGCUGACGCUUGAAAAGGGAGGCGCUGUAUGCGUCGAUUCGACGAGAAGAGGCAAGAUCUUGCCUGAUGCGCUCAGCAAGACUUUGCCCAUCUGGUGCGCCGUGCUCAACGAAGCCUCUUUCAGACGUCAUGGCGUGCCGCGCAUGGAGCUGCAACGUCAAACAACCUCGCAUCACUCGCAAGAGCAGCAGCGGGCUGAGAGGCAUCCGCUCGCAUCGCUGCGGACAUACCUCUCAGCCGUCUCGCCGCAAGAGCAUGCGGAUAUCGAGUCUCGACUGCAUGACUGGGCCGAGAAGCUGCUGUCAUCUGCAAUUCAAGUUGCUCGAUUAGAGGCGCCUCUCGUGCCAUUCUUUAUUACGCCAUCCACUUUGGGCGAAGCAGCUCAGGAGAGCGUAGAGACCGACGAAUUCUCAUCGCUUACCUCGGAGCUCGAAGCUUUCAGGCGAGCGACCAAAGAUCACAACAUCGUGCCUGUUAUUUGUGUCUCCGCAUCUUUGCACGCGAACGCUCCUGGCCAAGAAUCACAUUUGCCGCGCACCCGCAAGAGGAAGAAGUCUGGCGUCGGCGUCGGCGAUGACGACGACGAGUCGCAUUUGGUGGCAGCGGAAACAGAGACGCAUGUUCCUCGUCCGGUGGUGCUACCCUCAUCAGCAUCCAGCACAGUGACAAUGUCUGCCGAAUCAGAAGCAUCGGAGACUUUCACAUACGUACAAGGAAGCGGCGACGACGAAGAAUCCUGGUCUUUGGGUCUCACCCCCUCCGUCUUUUGGAAAGACCCAGAGAGAAUCUUGGAGGAGGUGGAUGAAAUCUAUGCUACAUGUGCAGACCAGACCGCGAGGAAUGUGGCAUGCAGACAAGCAUUUGCUCGUCUCAAAGAUGAGGAGGAGGAGGAGGAGGAGCUUGAGGAGCAUGCGGCGAGGGUAGACCGAAGCGAGGAGCGCUCGGCUCGUCCUGUCGAAAUUCCUGCGAGCGGGAUCUGGAUAGGAGAAGAUGCGCCGGAGCAGACGAUGAACUUUGCGCGCUUUGCGCUCAUUCUACACACUUCCAGGUCUGCCUCAUCGGCUGAAACGUUUGGCGACGGCACGGAUCGCGCCGAGCCGAGUUUAGGCUCUGCACCGUCUGCGCGCCGGCGGCAGGUCAAUCUGGGAUGGAAGGCAGGUAAAAAGGGAGUAGGCGCUUUUGCUCAUGGUCUCAUGAGCGCCGUUGUGAGUUGCUCGGUUCAUGCCGCGCCCCCAUGCCGCAUCAACUCUUGCGCUCGCUUUGCCGUACCUUGUUCAACAAGCUCAGACUCGGAUCGAUGUACCAGAUGCAAAGGUGGAAGUGAUAAGCGAGACUUGUUCAGAGCGGCGCGCCAUGCUGAUCACUGGAAGUCGAGGAUCUUCUCUUCCUGCAGCAUUGGCGAUCGCCGUCAUGCUGGUCGCACACGACGAAGCGCGGCUUCUUCGACGUGAAGUGAGGGCGCACGUCUUGCACCUUCAGCAGCGGGAGCGGGAUGCGUCCAUGGUCGAGGCGAAGCGAGAGCGAGAGCAAGAGCAAGAAUCUUUCGCUGCAUCAGCAAAGUCGACGACGAGGCGAUUCGUGGAUGUUGCCCACGAGCAAAGCGGGAGAAAGCCUUGCGUAGAGAGCAGCAGCGUCCACCAAGCCAAUCCCCCUCCUCCUCCUCCUCCUCCAUCGCUCACCGUCGAAAGUUUGCGCGCCUUGAUCAAAGAUGUGCG